AUGAUUGGCAAAGGAAAAGCCGACAAAGGCACAGCCGAGAUAGGCAUGGCCGGCAAAGGUAUGGCCGACAAAGGCAAGGCCGACAAAGGCAAGGCUGUAAAAGACAAAACUGUCAAAGGCGCGAUUAAUAAAGAUAUGCCCAGAAAAAGCAUGACCGAUAAAGACAUAGUGGGAAAAAUCAUGGUCAGCAAAGACCUGACUGGGAAAAGCACAACCGGUAAAGGCAUAGACGGCAAAAAGUUAAAAAAGGAUACCAGUUACAAAUCCAUUUUGGAAACCACAGAUAGCAAAGAUAGAAGCAAAUUCAAAAAGCGAAACGGUUUUUUUGAUGAUGACACCGAUGGUUAUGAUAAUGCCGGUGGCGAUAACGCCGAAGUGAAAGAUGGAAUUGAAGAAAAGGAAGAAGAAUCUGACGAAGAGUCUAAACAAAAAGAUUCUGAAACGAAACACUACCGAUGGGAAAUUAGUGGCGAUGAUCGUCCCGUUCGCGUCAAACCAGAGAUUGUCAUUCCAAAUUUCGGGCAGUACAGAAAGGAGAUGAAAUUUGAGAUGAUUCUCAAAGCUAUGAACGAUUUCAUAAUUCGCAAAGAACGAGUGACUUCGAGUAAAGAGCUCAGUUUCGCAUCAAUAGCUUUUAUCCGACCGUCUUUUGCCAAUAAGUUGUUUCAGCAAUAA